CUUUUUCCUAUCAAUUCUCUUUCUUUCUCUCUUUUAACUCAAAAAACAAUUAAAGAUGAAGUCUUCUUCUCUUUGGACUUUGCCAAUUCUUUUAUUGUGUUUUUUCAUAGUUGUUUUCAACAAUAAUGGAGUAGUACAUGUUGAUGCUUCUCACAAAGUUUAUAUGCAUUUGCAAUCUACUAGUCCUGUUGAUGUCAACAAAGUUCACAGAACUGGUUACCAUUUUCAACCUCCUAAAAACUGGAUCAACGAUCCAAAUGGUCCAAUGUAUUAUAAUGGAGUUUACCAUCUAUUCUACCAGUACAACCCAAAGGGUGCAACAUGGGGCAACAUAGUUUGGGCUCAUUCAGUCUCAAAAGACUUGAUCAAUUGGAUCCCUCUUGAGCCUGCGAUUUACCCGUCCAAAGUAUUCGACAAGUAUGGUACAUGGUCUGGGUCAGCCACGGUCUUGCCAGGCAACAAGCCCGUUAUCCUCUACACUGGAAUCGUAGAUGCUAAUAGGACACAAGUCCAAAACUAUGCAAUCCCGGCUAACAUGUCUGACCCAUACCUCCGUAAGUGGAUCAAGCCUGAUAAGAACCCAUUGAUCGUUGCUGAUAUUGGCAUCAACAAAACUCAGUUUCGCGAUCCAACAACAGCUUGGAUGGGCCGAGAUGGUCAUUGGAGAAUCUUGGUUGGGAGUGUGACAAAUCAUAGGGGAAAGGCAAUAAUGUAUAGAAGUAAGGACUUCAUGAAAUGGACUAAAGCCAAACACCCGCUUCACUCGGCCACCAACACUGGAAACUGGGAAUGUCCUGAUUUUUUUCCAGUGUCAUUGAAACAUAAAGAUGGUUUGGACACAUCAUACAAUGGCGAAAAUGUUAAGCAUGUUCUUAAGGUUAGCCUUGAUGUUACAAGGUUUGAGUACUACACAGUUGGUACCUAUGACACCAAAAAAGAUAGGUACAUUCCGGAUAAAACUUCUAUCGAUGGCUGGAAAGGAUUGAGACUCGACUAUGGUAAUUAUUAUGCAUCCAAGACAUUCUUUGACAGUGGCAAGAACCGAAGGAUUUUGUUGGGUUGGGCUAAUGAAUCGGAUACUGUUGAUGAUGAUGUGAGGAAAGGAUGGGCCGGAAUCCACCCUAUCCCUCGCAAACUAUGGCUUGAUACUAGUGGAAAACAAUUAGUUCAAUGGCCAGUUGAGGAAUUAGAAACUCUACGAGGUAAAAAGGUUCAACUAAGCAAUCGCAAGUUGAACAAGGGAGAAAAAGUUGAAAUCAAAGGAAUCACAGUUGCACAGGCUGAUGUUGAAGUGAUUUUCUCAUUCGCUAGCUUGGACAAGGCUGAGCGAUUUGAUCCUAGUUGGGCAGAUCUUUACGCGCAAGAUGUGUGUGCCAUGAAGGGCUCGACAGUCCAAGGUGGCCUUGGACCUUUUGGGCUCCUAACUUUGGCUUCUAAAAACUUGGAAGAGUACACACCUGUUUUCUUCCGAGUUUUCAAGAACCAAGAUAAAUACAAGGUUCUCAUGUGCUCCGAUGCCUCAAGGUCAAGCUUAAAGAAUGAAACGACCAUGUACAAACCAUCAUUUGCUGGAUAUGUGGAUGUAGAUUUAACAGACAAGAAAUUGUCUCUAAGAAGUUUGAUUGAUAACUCGGUGGUGGAAAGUUUUGGUGCCGGAGGAAAAACAUGCAUUACAUCAAGGGUCUAUCCAACGUUGGCGGUAUCUGAUAAAGCACAUUUAUUUGCCUUUAACAAUGCUAAGGAGGCAAUCACUAUUGAGACUCUAAACGCCUGGAGCAUGGCAGAUGCUAAGCUGCACUAAAAUGUUAUGAGAACAGAAUAAAUUAGGCCAAAAGAGAGAAAAAUAGUCAUGUUUUUACCUCAUUUAAUCAAAUAUGUUAUGUCUUAAAAGGAAGUAUAGCGUAGAAAAUUUAACUUGCAGUUAUUUAUGAAUGAUGCAAUUUUUUUAAUAUAAAAAUCUUGCCAUGUAUUGAUCAAAUGCCUUGUUGAAUUAAGAAUGGAAUGAAUAUCCUGGUGCAAUUUCUUUUUAUUA